GGAUAGAGGGAGGGGUGGUGUUAUAAAAUGCCCGAGUUGUGUCGAGGGUGAUUCUCUGGUGUAUGGGACAUUCCCACUUCAAUUGUCAGUGAAAGACUUGGGUACCAGGCAUUGUCUAUCAACAUGAGUUCUCCUCCAGCUCUGCUGCCCCAUGUCUUUGAACACCGGGUACGCGCAAACCCAGCCGGCAUCUGGGCCAAGUAUCCCGUCGCAACAGACAACUAUGAGGCCGGGUUCCGGUCUGUGACGAACCAACAGGUGCUGAAUGCGAUCAACCGCAUGGCCGCCCUGUUUGACCGCCAGCUGGGAGCCUCGCAGCGCUUCCAGACGCUGGCGUACCUAGGUCCAAACGAUCUGCGGUACUUUAUCGUGGUCAUGGCCGCCAUCAAAGUCGGCUACAAGAUCUUUCUUCCUAACCCGCAGAACAGCAUGGCCGCCCAUGUGUCCCUGCUGGCCAAGCUGCGCUGUCGGGUCCUGGUGACUGCGUAUGAGGACCUGUCGUCCUUCCAGAUUAUCUUUGACCACUACCCAUUGCACCGCGUCCGGAUCCCGGCACUCGACGAGCUCAUCGACGACGCGGAGACAGUCGACUAUCCGUACAGGAAGACACCUGAAACCGCCCAGGAUGAUCCUAUUCUAGUUCUCCAUACACCAGCUUCCAGUGGACCCCCCAAACCACUCGUCUAUACGCACCGCUCCAUUCUGCAGUCCGUAGCAGCUAUUCCCUCCCCAGACGGAGCUCAAUCAACCAGUCUCCUCCUGAUGCUACCUUCAUUCAACAUCGCCGGACUGGCCAUGUCCCUCAUGAUCGCCGCGUGGGACGCAUGCGUAACCGUGUACCCGCUCCCCAGCGCAACCCCGACAACAACCAACUUUGUCGACGCCCUCGACGACGUCCAGCGAGACUGGGCCUCGCUGCCGCCCGUUGUGGCCACAGAACUAGGCGAUGAUCGUGAACUCUUGCACGCUAUCGCGCACGAGCUCGAGCAUUUGUACUAUGUAGGCGGGUCGGUGCCCUUGUCGGCGGGUGAUGCCGUCUCCUCGGCUAUCCGGCUCUACCAGAUUGAAAAGCCGGUCGACCAGACGGUUAUCCCGCAGAUUCGUCUGCAGAUGGCGGACGAAGUGGUUAUGUAGUGAUGGAAUAGUCUUUAGUGGGUGCUGGCAUCCACUGACUUGAUGAUUUUACUUGAGUUUAUUCUAUGUCAUU